AUUCCCUAUCUUCUGUUUAAUAUUGAUAAUUAAUCAUCGAAUAGGUUAGGUUGAAAAGAGAAAGGAAUAUAUUCGGAAAGAAGACCCAAUCAAAUUGUGUUCGAUGGAUCACACAACACCUUUUUUAAGUGGAAACCUAAAGCAUUUGCCAACUUUGCACAGAGACAUCUGUGUCUGGGCAUCUCUUGUUAAACCUCCUCUUUUGCCGCAAGAACAAUUUCUUUCUAAGACUUUUGCAGUAGAGAUUUGUAUGCAUGGGUUGCAGCUGCAGGCGAUUUUCUUCUAACGAAGUAAGAGUACGUUUUGCACCUAGUCCUACCGGUUAUUUACAUUUGGGUGGCCUGCGUACCGCUUUAUACAAUUAUUUAUAUGCCAAAAAUCAAAAUGGUAAGUUUUUAUUGCGCAUAGAAGACACUGAUCAAACACGUUUUGUGCCGGGAGCCAUGGAAGCUUUAAUAGAAGAUUUACAAUGGGCUGGCAUAGAUAUAGAUGAGGGUCCUGGCCAAUUUGGUGGUAGCUAUGGACCUUAUAUACAAAGUCAACGAACCAAAUUAUACUUAGAUUAUGUUCAAAAUCUUUUGAAUAAUGGCUCAGCUUAUCGUUGUUUUUGUACUGAACGUCGUUUGGAUUUGCUGCGCAAAGAAGCAGUUAGAACACGACAAAUACCCAAAUAUGAUAAUAAAUGUCGCCACUUAACAGAGAAGCAAAUCAAUGAACUUUUAGCUAAAGAAACCCCUUAUUGUAUACGUUUUAAACUGACAGAUUAUGAGGAACCUAUAAACGAUUUAAUUUAUGGUCCUGUACACCAUAAUGUCAGUGACAAUGAAGGGGAUCCGGUUAUAAUUAAAACUGAUCAAUUUCCUACAUAUCAUUUCGCCAAUGUGGUGGAUGAUCAUUUAAUGGCUGUGACACAUGUAUUUCGUGGUGUAGAAUGGCAAAUUUCUACUACGAAACAUUUAUUAUUAUAUAAAGCUUUUGGUUGGCAACCACCAAAAUUUGGUCAUUUACCUUUGUUAGUUAAUAACGAUGGUACUAAAUUAAGUAAACGUCAGGGUGAUAUUGGUAUUAAACACUUUAGAGAUAAAGGCUAUUUUCCUACUGCCGUAGUUAAUUAUGUAGUAUCCGCAGGCGGUGGAUUCUCCCAUGAACAAUUUAGUAAACCAAAGGUUUAUAGUUUAAAAGAACUAUCGGAAAAGUUUAAUAUUGAAAAAGUAAAUUCACAUCCCAGCCGCUUAAAUCCUGUCGUAUUGGAUGAUUUCAAUCGUUUACAUAUUAUUAAAUUAUUACAAUCUGAAGCGGAUGCCAAGAAAUUAGUAGAAAAUGUUUCAAUGUUAAUUAAGGAAUCAUAUCCCAAUGAAUCAAAUCUGGAUUUAAAUGCUGAUCAUAUAAAGAGUGUUUUACAAUGGGCUGCUCAGCGUUUGACUUUCGUUAAGGAUUUAACCUCGCCUAAGUUAAGUUUCCUAUGGGUUAAGCCCACAAAUUUCAUUCUAAAGGAUCUAACUACAGAACAACUUGAAAUACUUAACGAAAUUAUAUCUACGACUGAGUUUAAUAAAGAUAACUUGAAUAAAGUUUUAAAAGAAUUCAGCAUACAACAGGGUAUAAAAUUCCCGGUACUAAUGAAGUGUUUAAGAUCAGCUUUAAGUGGUUUAAAAGAAGGACCUGGUGUAGCAGAGAUGAUGGAAAUCUUAGGACAAAAAGUGGUAAUACAAAGAUUAAAAGAUGUUUUAGCGGAAGGAACUAAAUCAACUGAAACCAAAAAGGCGGAAAAGGCUGCUUGAAUCACGACUAUCUGGAUAACUCUGAAAUAAUGUAAUAAAUUGUAAAUAAAAUGUUAAAAAUCUUU